UUUUAACUGUAAUAACUGAAAAACCCAAUCCCUAUUUUUCUCACAAAACCCCUAUCCAUUUCUCCCUCCAAUGUUCCUAAAACCCUGUCUGUCUCUCACUUUCUCUUUCACACACUCUCUCUCAAAUGGCUUUCACUUUCCUCUCUAUCCCACACUUUCUCUCUCCUCCUCCACCCCACUUUCUCUCUCUAAAACCCCAUCAAGUUUCUCCUUCUAAAUCUUCUAUGCCUUUGCUUACUCUUCGAGUCCCAAAUGCUAUCGGACCCGACGGCAAGUACUACCCGAACCCAUCAGACGACGACCCACCCGAAGCUCCGGAGGACUCAGCCCAUGGAGUCUCCAAAUUCCAGCAAAUCCACCGCCAAGCCUCCAGAGCCCGCAAGCUCCAAGAGGAAGACUUCCUCAACAACCGCUCUACCUACCUCUCCGCCAUUGCUGACGUCGAAGACGCCGACGAAAACGAUGACCCGUCUCAGAUUUCGGACUCCGGUGACGAUAUGUUCGGUGAUAUCGACAAGGCCAUCGCUAUGCAGCGCAAGGAGUUCGUGAAGCAAGGUCUCUUGAAGCCCAACCCCAAGAAGAAAAAGAAGGAAGAGAGCGAGGACGAGGUUGAAGGUGAAGGGCUUGAUGAGUUGGAGCCAGAGGAGGUUGUGGAUUUGGAAGAGAUUGAUGAGCUUCAAGGGCUUCGAGUGGUUGCUGAGGACUCGGACACUGAUGGGUCCGAGAGGUUUGACGAUGAUGAGGUUAGUAAAUUCGCGAAUAGCAAUCGUGGGUCGAUGUCAAAUUCAAAUUCAAAUUUUGAUUUGGAUUUUGAUAGUUAUGGCAAAGUUAAGAGUAGGAUAGUGGAACCCAAGUUUAAGAUGAGCUUAGCUGAGCUUUUGGACGAGAGUAAGGUCGUGCCCGUGUCGGUUUACGGUGAUUUGGAGGUUGAGAUUACUGGGAUUCAACAUGAUUCUAGGUUGGUUUGCUCAGGGGACUUGUUUGUGUGCUGUGUUGGGAGGAAAACCGAUGGGCAUUUGUAUUUGAGUGAGGCUGAUAAGAGAGGUGCAGUGGCAGUUGUGGCCAGUAAGGAGAUUGAUAUAGAGGAGACCUUGGCGUGUAAGGCUUUGGUGAUUGUAGAGGACACCAAUGCCGUUCUUCCUGUGUUGGCUGCGUCUUUUUAUAGGUACCCAUCGAAGAAUAUGGCAGUGAUAGCCGUUACUGGGACAAAUGGGAAGACGACCACUACGUAUUUGAUAAAAGGUUUGUAUGAAGCGAUGGGAUUGAGAACCGGGAUGUUGAGCACGGUUGCUUAUUAUGUGCAUGGGGAUAACAAGUUGGAGUCGCCUAACACGACCCCAGAUGCUGUUUUGGUUCAGAAUUUGAUGGCGAAGAUGCUCCAUAAUGGGACUGAAGCGGUUGUCAUGGAGGCUUCUUCUCAUGGACUAGCACUAGGGAGGUGUGAUGAAGUGGAUUUUGAUAUUGCAGUUUUCACAAAUUUGACCAGGGAACAUUUGGAUUUUCAUGGGACUGAGGAGGAGUAUAGGGACGCCAAGGCUAAGCUAUUUGCUAGGAUGGUGGACCCAGAAAGACAUAGGAAAGUUGUCAACAUUGACGACCCAAAUGCACCUCAUUUUAUAGCACAAGGGAACCCAGACGUGCCUGUUGUGACGUUUGCAAUGGAGAAUAAAAAUGCGGAUGUUCACCCGCUGAAGUUUGAGCUCUCCCUGUUUGAGACACAGGUUUUGGUCAAUACGCCUCAUGGUAUACUGGAGAUUUCAUCGGGGUUACUUGGAAGGCAUAAUAUUUAUAAUAUUCUUGCAGCUGUGGCAGUUGGGAUUGCAGUUGGGGCACCUCUAGAGGACAUUGUUAGAGGGAUUGAAGAGGUUGAUGCAGUUCCAGGGCGCUGUGAGUUGAUAGACGAGGAACAGGCAUUUGGAGUGAUUGUGGACUAUGCUCAUACUCCUGAUGCCCUGUCUAGACUACUGGAUUUUGUAAGGGAGCUUGGACCGAGGAGGAUCAUCACCGUUGUUGGUUGUGGUGGUGAGCGUGAUAGGGGGAAUCGACCCAUGAUGGCAAAGAUUGCAACAGAUAAAAGUGAUGUGACAAUUCUGACAUCUGACAAUCCAAGGAAUGAAGAUCCAUUGGACAUUUUGGAUGAUAUGCUGGCUGGUGUAGGAUGGACAAUGCAAGAUUAUCUGAAAUAUGGAGAGAAUGAUUACUAUCCACCUCUUCCAAAUGGUCAUAGGCUUUUCCUGCAUGAUAUUAGAAGGGUGGCUGUACGUUGUGCUGUUGCCAUGGGUGAGGAGGGUGAUAUGGUUGUGGUUGCUGGCAAAGGUCAUGAAACGUAUCAGAUAGAAGGUGAUAAGAAUGAAUUUUUUGAUGACCGGGAAGAGUGCCGUGAGGCAUUGCAGUAUGUUGAUGAGCUUCACCGAGCUGGAAUAGAUACUAGUGAAUUCCCAUGGCGGUUGCCUGAGAGUCAUUGAUGUAGUUAAAAGGAGUACAGAGAUCUUCAGAUUAGUCUAAGACAGAUCACUUGCUGCUGAUUUGGCUGAUUGUACGUGUAAGAACUGAGUAGCAUAUCACCUUCUCUUCCUUCAAAGAAUUCAGACAGUGGAGGGCUAUUUGGGUAUUUGCUUGAUGGACACAUUACCCUAUAAUUAUAGGCAGUUGACUGGCUCCUUGCUUGAAAACAGCAGUGACAAUAUUGCAACAUGAUACGUUAAUCUUGGUUUACUUUCUGAAGUGAUGUUGGAUACUUAAAAAG